AUGUCCGAGGAUGUAGAGUUGGAAAUCACCGUUCUGGAUCCUACACGCAACUGUGUCGAAGAAGCCUGCUACGCACAGGCUGUAGAUGUACAACAGCUGAAGGAAUCAAAAAUUGCGGUUGGGUUUGCUGUAAAAGGGUCCGUCGGCGGGUACUGUAAGACCGAAGGCUUUAUCGGUUUUGGCUCGGACCUUUGGUGGCUUCCUCUUUCCGGUGUCGGUGGGUGGAUGAAGGAAAGGGAAAGUGAGAAUGAUGUGCUGGUUGUUCCAAACUACACGCCAAGGAAGGGUAUUUUUGGAAAUGUGCCUAGAUUCUUGUUUUGUCAAAAUCGGACCGUUGCCUUGCCAACGUUAUUGAACAAUCAAUCGCCUGGAGCAGAGGGAGCAGUACAAUUUACGCUUGGUCUUGAAAUAAAGCGGCACAAAGCAGAACCUCCAACUGCUCUCCACGUCCAUGGCUUGAACCAUACCGCCGCAGUAAGGACACGCCCCCGGCGCCGGUUGCCUACUGAUUACUCUCUGAUCCUCGUCACAAACAAAAACCAAACACAUCUCCUCCGAUCGAUUUCUGGUAUUCUCUCAGCUUUCGAUACUGAAUUGCUAAGAUCAGAAUAA